UCGGCCGGUGACGUCACGCCUGCGUCGCCGCCGUCUUGGCCGUGGCUGGCGCGGAGGCCGCCUGCCGUGCGAAUGCUGCGGCGCGGCGGGCGUGGGCUCUUGCUGGGCCUGGCCGCGGCGGUUGCGGCGGCGGCGGCGGCGGCCCGGUGGCUGGGCUGGUGGAGCGGCCGCGCGGGCCUUCGCCUCUUCGUCCCCGAGGAGCUGGCCCACUACCGCGGCGGCCCCGGGGACCCGGGCCUCUACCUGGCGUUGCUGGGCCGCGUCUACGACGUGUCCUCCGGCCGGAGGCACUACGAGCCUGGGGCCCACUAUAGCGGCUUCGCAGGCCGAGAUGCAUCCAGGGCGUUUGUGACUGGGGACUACUCCGAAGCGGGCCUGGUGGACGACGUAGCUGACUUGUCGUUUUCAGAGGUGCUGGUCCUUCAAAAUUGGCUUUCAUUCUACGAGAAGAAUUACAAAUUCGUUGGAAGGGUGACAGGAAGGUUCUACGGAGAGGACGGCCUCCCCACCCCCGCACUGAGCCGCGUGGAGGCCAUGAUCUCCAGAGGCGCAGAGGCAGGCCGACGGGCACUGGAGGAGAAGCAGAUAUUCCCACCGUGCAACGCUGAGUGGAGCUCCAGGAGGGGCGGCCGGCUCUGGUGCUCCCUGGAGAGCGGAGGCGUGAGCAGAGACUGGGUCGGGGUCCCCCGGAAGCUGUACAAGCCAGGAGCCAAGGAGCCCCACUGUGUGUGCGUGAGAACGACCGGACCCCCCAGCGGCCAGGCACCUGGCCUCCCUGUGCACACAAACCGUGGGGACUUGGACCACCCUGGCCUGGGCGAGUACACGGGCUGCCCACCCCUGGCCAGCAGCUGCCCCUUCCCGCCGUGAGCCAGUGCCCCGGAUGGCGGGGAGCCACAGAGAACCCUGCCUGGGUCUGGACGCUUACGCUUCCGUGGCUGAGGCCAGAGCGCGCCAACCUGCCUGGUCCCCAGUCAGCCUGCUUAUGACCCACUCACAGUCCUUCAGAGCCCUCGGACAGGCGCGCGCCCAGAUCUGAGCCACUAAAAACUAUCGGGCCUGCUGCCCCUCCCCCAGUCAGGGCCCCGGGGGCACCGGCCAAGGAUGGACAGCAUCACUCCCCUGCACCUCAGAGACGGGCAGACGCAUCCAGAGAAGCCCCGGGUCCCCCAGGCUAAUCCGAGCCCCGACCUUACCUCCACCCUGAGCCGGGCCACAUCUAGUUGGAGACGUGGGCGAAACGGGGCGGGCUGAUCCCAGAGGGGGCGGCAGAUCCAGACGCCCCCGAGCGACAGUCUGAAGCGAGGAUGAUCUUUCUCAUCAACGUUCAGAAUUAGGUGGGGGAAGCCUGCUUUUUGACGAGAAGUGGCUUCAGCGCCGCGCUGCCACUCCCCUCCAGGGCUGGCCAUCACCCCUUUGCCGACCGACCGACUGGAGGAGCUUCUUCCUGGGGACCUGCCUGCGCCCCCACCCCCUCCUACCUUGCCGCUCUCCCCCCACCCCCCAUUCACCAAACCCUUGCUUCCCUCCCAAAGGAAACGCUCCUCCGGCCACCACUGAAACCGUGAGCUCCGGCGUGUGCUUGCGGCCCACGCCCCUUGGCCCCCGCCCGCUGAGUGGCAGGCUGGAUUCUGCCCUCCUCACCCCUCGGCCAUGCCAGUCCCAGACUGGCCAUGCUUGAGGACCUCCGAGAAACCCUCCCUUGGCUCUUGCCUGAUCCCUUUUCUCCCCUAGACGCCCUCUGGGCCAAUGAGUGCACCCCCGGGUCUUCUCACUCCCACUUCAGCUGCGUCAGAUUGGCAGCUCUCUGGAGCACUCCCAGGGACCCUGACACCACGUUUCUAGAAUUUGGUCACCUGGUGAAGUCUCCGUGGCUGUAUACCCCUUGUCACACCAUGUGACAACCCCAGCAACCUCCCCAGCUCCCAGCUGUCCCUUCUUGCCUGGAUGCGGCGAGCGUCCAUGUCCUGCCUCCCACACCACCCUCUGUGCUGCUGUGAGCAGUCACCCUGGACGGCCAGGGCGUUCCCCCCCCCACACACACACACCUUCAGUGCCUCCCACCACCUGUGCACCCUGGCCUGCCAGCUGGGUUUUGUGUCUGUGGCAGCCUUGUUCUGAGAUGACAUCCUGAGUUUCCCAUCAGCCACUCUCCCUGCACAGGGACUGAGGGCUCCCCAGCCUGGUGUCCUGUACCCCUGGUACCCAGCCCGGGGUAAGUGCACAGAUGGGCAGCACCGAGCAGUGGAGCGGGGCCUCAUGUUCCAGGUUCUUGCCCCGACUCAGUGCUGUGUGUGUCCUUCCAUACCACUCCGUCCUUGCAGGCACCUGGGUGCUGGGGGGGCAGGGGAGGAUCACCUCAUGGAGGUGGGCAGCGGAGCCCUGCUAGAGCCCCAGAGGCCAUCCUCGGGGUGGGAACAAGGGCCAGUGUGGGGGCUGGCCCAGAGAAGUGCAGACUCUCCCAAAACAAAUUGGCAAUGGAAAUGAGCUGAAUGAGGCACCUGCCCCCCCAUCCCAGCCUAGUGCAGCCAUGGAGGGCCCCAGGCACCCCACUGCCCCAGCUGCAGGCGGCUCACUUCCCCUUCGCCACCACACGGACUUGACCGUGAAGUGCUCCUUGUGUGGGGUGGCGGGCUCGGGCUUGCUCGGAUGAAGCUCGGGCUUCCUGGAGUGGCAGCUUUCUUCCAGAGGCAGCCCCCGGGGCAGUUCUAGCUGGGAAGAUGGCUUGUGAGGGAGAUAAUCCUGGGUGGGGGCUUCAUCUGUUCUCCUUCAACCUGUCCGCUGGCCCUCGGAGGGCCCAGAGCAGGCGCACAGCAGAGCUGAGCUGAGCGGUUCCCCCACAUCUGCGUCCUGCCCUCUGGGGCAGAGUUGCCCCCCUCAGAGGGAGCCAUUCCGGACCACUGCCCACCCCUGACUUGUUUAGCUCUGGGACCUGGAAGGCCCACACACAGGCUGGACCCUGUCUGUCCCGAAAUCUGUGGUGCCGCUCAGACCAAGAUGAAGCAAACCCUCCGCCCCCACCAGAGCCCCCAUCAGCUCCCAGUGGAGGGGACCUUGUGUCCUUGCAUCAGAGGCGGGCACGUCACCCAUUUCUGAUGACCUCCCUCGGGGGGACUGUGAGCCAGGAAGGACUGUGGUCACCGCUCCCACUCCACGGAUGCAGGCACUAAGGCCCAGAGGUCUGGGAACUUGCCAGUACUGUCAGUGCAUCAGGAACAGUAGAGCGGAGAGCCAGCGCCCUCCCCCCGCUGAGCAGGGCGGGGGUCUGUGCCGGCCCCGUUCUCGGGGUUCUCAUGGGUUCACACACCUUCCGACUAGCCUUCCCCUCCAGGGCGGCUGUGAGGGUUACUCGGGCUUGUCCCCUGGAGGCACUUAACCGUGCCUGUCAGCCGUGAGAGAAGCCAGCAGAGAAUGAGCUCCGUCUCUGUCUCCACGGCGGGUCUGAACCCCGGGUGGACAGGCUGGAAGACGGAAGACCAGCACACGCGAGGGCCCGGGGCGCGGCGAGAGUCGCAGGAUCCGUUCAGGGACUCUGUGAGCCCCUCAGCUCUGGUCCUCAAGUCCCCGAACUUCCCCUAGUCUUCUUGGAAUCCGCCCGCUAGACCAGGGCAAGCAGAACCCUGCCUGGGGCCAGGACCGAGGGAGGGGUCGGAGAGGAAGCGUGGCUGCCUGGGCUGACGUUGGCCCCGGGCAUGUCCAGGUGGCUGGUCGCUCACACCUAGCACAGGUACUUUGGGACUGCGGCCAUCAACGUGCUUCCAAAAAGUGCUGGAAAUUCCAACUUUCCUAGAGGGUGAGCUACUCAAGAAGUGGGUUCACAUGUCAGGAGUUAAAAAUCCGUUUUUAAUGCUUAUUGGUAUUUCUGCAUUAAAAAGUGACUACAAAUGUCUUGCUGAAGUUUCCACUUUAAAUGCACAAUUUUACCUCAUCUUAUUGUAAGGAAUGGUUACAGAAAAUGCAAAUAUCAGUAUUUAAAAAAUACAUUCCAUGACGCAGACUCCAAGAGAACACCACUGAUCCGCGCCUUCCUGGUCCCACCCCAAGGCUGCUGUCCUACACGGAGCACCGCCCUGCGUGGCAGGAAGCCCAAGGGAUCCUCCCAAACGCGCAUCUCCUGCUCCUGCCCCGAGACCACCCUUUCCCCGCGGUCGCACAGCUGUCAUGGCAACAGCCAACCAGAUGCCUCUGCCACAAGAGGACCAGCUACGAAGCCCAGCGGGUGCCAAGUCAGGUCUCCCUGCUACAAAGCCUGUGUGCCGAGUGCGAGAGGUCAGCGCGGGGUUUGUGUGACCAAAGGGAGCGCGCAGGCAGCGAUCUUCCAGAGAACGUCUUUAAGGCAGUGUGACGACUUUGGGGGCUGCUUCGGUGUUCAGUUUGCAUCUGGUCAAGCACUGGCUCCUUGCGAUUACUGCAUUAAAUGACGAUGACAAUGUGGCUUCCCAGCCCCUGCCCCUGCGGAGGGUCCCGUCAUGAGGGGAGCAGUCCUGGUCCCAGAAGACCUUCAGUUCCCGUGAGGACCACGUCCCACUGCCCUGCGUGGUACCACUGUCGUCUGGGGGCCCAGUGCACCCCUUGGGUCUAAGCCUCACGCAGCCCCUCCUGAGGCGCGCCCCCCACUUUGCACCUAAGGACCAGGCUGGCGCGGUCCCAGGUGGCAGGCCAGGCGGGGGCGCGUGCAGAGAGGUGGCCAACCUGCUGGGCCGCUGGCCUCCACACAGGCACGGCCACAGGGACUUGGGGCUGAGGUAGAGGGCCAGUGGGCGCAGGGACCCCACUGCUGGAGCGUGUGGCGGGGAGACACCGCGCAGGCCACAGACCCCGGACGCAGCACUCGUUCUGCCCCAUCGUCUGCCCAGACCACCAGAACCGGAAAGUCCCAAGUGUAGGCACUUAAGUUGGGUGGCCAGUUAGGUGAGGCCGCGGGCACGCACAUGGGCCGAGGCGGAGGUUGCUAUGCAGUGGGCCUGGCGCCGGGCAGGAGGCCGGCCGAGCUGAGGCGGCGCAACACGUGGAUGCGCACUCCGGGCCUCGGGGCAACCAGCAGCUCUCUCAAGGACUGCGAGUGAGAUGCUGCCGCUAGCAGCUGGGCUAUAGGCCGAAGUGACACGGGGACAGCCCCGCAGUCGUGCAGCAUGGCCAGUGCCAGCAAGGGCUGGGACACGGGAGCCCCACAGGCAGCCGCCACAGAACCCGCCUCGUGCAGCCCAGCAAGAACCCCGUGGUCCUGCCGCAUGUUCAAGGACACAGCGAAGCCAUGCAGAACUCCCAAAACGCUUGCCCACUCUGGGGCCACCCGGCACCUCUGCCAUCCCCGGACCAGAACAAAGAGGAGCUGGCCUCGGCGUAUUUUAGACAGGACUUGAGGACUUAAGUGCAACGAGAGGCAAGACGGCUACUAAAACUGGUAACGGCAGGGCAGGAGCGGGACGUAAGCCGGAUCCCUGAUGGGCUUCCCAGCCUCCGCUCUCCACCCUGAAUGUGGACAGAGCAUAAAAGUACCAACUGCCUCGAUUCACAUCUGAAGCAUAAUUAUCUUACUUUCCAGCUAAAGAACCGGUCUACCUCAUGAAGCCCUACUUCCUCAUGGUCCUGCUCAGCGGACCACGGGCCUCACAUGGUCAAGUGUCUGCCAAGACUAGUUGUUCCUCUGCAGAAGUUCUACAGGAAACGUGUCACAGACUUUAGAGGACCAGGGGACUCUUCUGAUUCUUUUAAACACUGUGCACAAGCUCAUGUUAACAUAGAAAGCAUAUAUAUCUCAUAAAUGACAGAAAUAUUAAAAAGUAGCACUCUGGCUUAUCAGCUUGUUUUACACACACAUUUAGGCAACAGACUGUAUAAAUCUACAGCAACAGAGAUGACACACCACCGUCCAAAAAACAAAGAAAAGCAGGCUGUUGCCAAGAUAUUUUAGUCCCUUUACACAUACACCCACACUUCAUUAGCGCAAAAACAAUGUAGUGGUUGCUCACGGUCUGAAAAGUCGGCGUUACGAUCGACGCUGCUAAGCUCUGAGAGUAACUCACGGGCACACGUGUUCAUCUCAGAGUUUCUUUCUGUAAAGCAGUGGUAGAAGUUUCUCUAAAUGUGCACUUUU